AUGGUACUCACCACUAAACUUCAUCGACUAUGUUUGGAAAUUGCAUCAAUCUUCGAUGGAUAUGUAUGGUAUCGAGAGAAGUGUUUUCGAAACAAACAUGCAGACCAUUUGGCAAUAGAAAAUCUACCGAAAUAUCUACAAAAUGCUCGAACGUCAACAAAUGAAGCUUGCCAAAAGUUCGUUCAGAAAUUCGACGCAUUGUUUCGCUUGGAGGAAAUCUAUGGUGCAUUAGAAAUUUCACCGAUUUAUCUAAAGAAAAUCAAUGGUUGGUUACGUAACGACGAACAACUUGUAGAACAGAUAAAGAAACAACGAAUCAUCAAAAUUUACAAUCGAUAUACACACGAAGAAAUGUUGUACAAUUUCAUGCGAAGUAAACGACCCCAAUCAAAAAGUGAACAAUCGGCACAGAACUAUACGUUAACUUUGUUGGAAGAAAGCAAAAAGAAUUGUGAUUUUUGUGGAAGAAAUUAUCUCAACUCAACUGCCGAAGAUUCCUUUGGUCGUCUUGAACAUCGCCUUUCGUAUACAGCUGCAAAUACGUUUAAAUACGACCGUUGGCAUACAUUGAUUGUCUCUCGGAAUCAUGAUACACUACACUUAACCGAAGACGAAAUUGGCGACAUGUUCGAAUUAGCAAAAGAAUGGUUUGAGAAAGUUUAUUCGACCGAACCGAAAUAUACGUGUCCGGAAAUGAUUUGGGAUGCCAUGCCGAAAAGUGGUGCCUCACAAAUACAUACACAUCUUCAAGUUAGUUUAGGUUUCGAUAUUUACUAUGGAAAUAUUGAACGAACAAGACAAGGUGCUCGUUUUUAUGCGCAAAUGAAUGACGGAAGAAAUUAUUUUAAUGAUUAUCUUCAUAUUCAUCAAGCAUUAGAGUUGACAAUACCCAUUGGAAAUGCUCAUAUUCUUGUUCAUCUAACGCCGAUUAAAGAUCUCGAAGUGAUGGUUCUCGGUGCGUCGCUUGAGAAAGAUUUUUACAAAGCAUUGCAUCUUAUCUUCCGGACUUUUAUCGAUGAUUUACAAGAAUAUAGUUUCAGUUUUGGAAUGUUUUUACCGCCACUCAAUGAAACAUCGAUCAAUGGUCAUGUCAUGCCUGUUGUUUGUCGUCUUGUCUUUCGAAAUCCUAUAACGAAUUUACGAGCUGACAUGAACGGACUUGACUUAUAUACGAGUUCUGUUAUCGGAAAAGAUCGUUAUGUACUCUAUCGACAGUUGAAGCAGGGAAUAUUGAAACGAUCGAAAUAA